AUGGCGAGCAGCGGAUACACCAGAGGUGCCUCCCCCAUGAACGGCGGAGGCGGGAAGCUCGUGCUCGGCGCGCUUCUGUCUCUUCUUUCCUUGCUGGUUCUGACUGAGCCCAUUGAGUUCAGUCUGGCGCACAGGGAUGCCAAGUCGGAAGAAGAAAGGAAGAAAGAGAAGGUGCGACAAGAGGCAGAGGAAGAAAAACGCUUGGCCCUGAUCCGAGCGAAGCUCCCCAACCGGAAGAAGAAGGAAUACAUUGACUGGAACCGGCUUUCUCCCGAGACGACGGUCCUGCUCUCAGCGACACCAGCUGACGUUGACGCGCUCAGUGACCACCUCCCUUUCCAGAUUGCGAACGUCACGAUGCAGGAACAUACGAUUGCGCCCGUGUCCGCAGUGGACAGAGAAAUGCAACAGAUGCUGCAGGCGAACUACACACACGGCAUGAAGACGAUUCGAACGAGUGUUGUCUUUGCAGAUGACAUGCCCAUCAAAUUGGACAACUCGCGACCGAGACGCGGGGCCGUCUGCCAAGAAGCCCAGAGAGCCAUGCUGCUCUCGUUCAAUCGGGUUCAGCGCAAACCCGAUGGGCAAGCGUACGCCUCCUUCAACCUCCACAGUCCUUCUGCGGUCUCGUUUCACAAGGAGCUCGCGGGCGAAUACAAUUUGAAGGCGCUGAACCCCUUCAUGUGGACCAGCCAUUUUCCCACGGAGGAAGAAUUCACGACUUUUCGGGGGACGGCGAUUUGCAUGAAGAAAGGUUCUCGACUGCAACUGCUUCGAGGCUGGCCGGUCGCAGUACCUGAAUACAAGGAGGGGCCUUGGCAGGCGCGCGUGAUGGUUUUCCGUGCGUUUGUUUCCCCCUCUGCGGACUCAAAGAAAAAAAAUCUUUUCGUGUUGCAGGCGACUUUGAAGGUGACGCGUACUCCGAAAGACGGCAUCUUCAAACAACAAAAUAUGGACGUUAUUCCCUUCAUGGGAUACAUCAAAAUCAACAACAAAAAAUACGGACAUUUGGAGGCGGCGAUCAUUCGACACAAACUGCUGAACAAGGGCUGCACGCUGCGCAGGGUCGACAAGCACAGCCAAGUCGAGCUGAAAUGUGACGAUGUCGACGCGAAGCUGACUGAUCUCAACGAAAUGCUGGACGAGCGUCCUUUGCUGCGAAAUACCUUCAAGAAAGCCGGGAUUUUCUCAGGCGUUUCGGCGGCUUCGUACUCCAUGGCUCUUGUGAGCCAUCUUCUGUCGUCCGUCCACUCAUCGCUCGAAAUCUUGCCGCCUCAGGGUUUCUUGCUCACCGGCACCGGAUUCGCCCUGGCGGCGUUGCUGUCUGUGGUCAUCGCGGGGCCAGUCGUCGGUCUGAAGAGAUUCAAGUGGCGCAAGAUGUUUGCCGCGAAAAAACGGGAAUAUCUGCAGAAAAUAGUUGAUGAGGAGAACAGUUUUUCGUCGGCAGCAGCCCCGGUAGUCGAUUUGGUCUUCGUGGUGAACGAGCUAAAACAUGCAGAAGAGGGAACAGAUGCAUCGGGGGAGCAAGCGGGAACCACGCCCGGCAACCGCGACGAUUCCCCCACGCAGCCCAGUCGCCCAACUGAUCUUUCUCCUAUGGCACAGAAGAUUCAAAAUGUGAUUGACCAGUACCACUACCUAGAAACUGUCGCCGCCGCGUACGACGACUUCACGCGAAUUGAGAGGUACAGAGUUGCCCAAGAGGAGGUCCAAGAAGAAGCCAAGACGCUUCGCUCUUUCCUGAAGCGAACGGCGUCGCGUACGCCUGGAUUUAUUGGAGUUACGGAAGAGGGAGAGCUUAAGCUGACGGUUCGCCAACUGACGGAUGUGUAUGCCCACCUCGGCAAGCAGAUAAAGGCGGAAACUGAGAGGGCCAUUGAGAAAGGUCCGUUCACGCCGAUAGACGUUUUAAUCUCGCGACACAAGGUCGAACGGCUGCACGAAAAAUCUUCACAACUGUUGAGCCAGAUCAGAUCCAAGGGAGGCGACGUGGCACCCAUGGAUACACCCGACCACGUCGAAUCUCUGAAAGCUAGACUCAGCCUGGUCACGGCGUCUAAAGCGGAACUAACCGAAGCUCUGGAGAGCGUAACUCCAGGCUCUCAGGAAGAAGAAGAUCUGCGUUUUGCACAGAGUCAGAUUCGUCCUGCCAAAAACGCGAUCAAGAAUGAUCUCAGGGUGUUCAUGGAUGACGACCUGGGAAUGGCCCUCGAGGAAGUCGACAAUCUUAAGGAAAAGCUUGCGGAGAUUCAAAAGAAUGCUGGUUCUCAACCUUCACCACUUCAGGAAGUGGAAAUUCAAGACGUGAAGGAACAAAUCAUCGGUUUGAACGAAAAAAUCACCAAGCGCGUUCUCGAAAUGAGACAGUUUGGCUUCCACGUCGAUAUCUUACGCGUAGUUGAGCUUGAAAGUGAGUGA